GGAAUAAGACACUUAAGUGAACCAAGAUACAGGAGCGUCAUUGUACCUGGACAGUUCGAUUAAUAUUUUAAUCCUAAAGAGCAGAAAGUGCGACAGCCUGUGAGGUCGGAGUUUGAGGAAAAGCCAUAUUUUAUUUCUGACUACACAUUUUUUUAUUUGCUCUCUGACGGUCAAGCGCACCGAGCCGGCGAAAUUACACCUCCAGGACUUUUUUCCUUAACUUCUUUAAAAGAAAGUCACCAUGGCAGAGACGUCGGCCGCCCCAGCCAAAGCCAAAAAGGCAUCCAAGCCUAAAAAACCCGCUUCUCAUCCGAAGUACUCGGAGAUGAUCAAAGCGGCUAUUGUUCACGAUGCGAGUCGGAGCGGAGCGUCCCGUCAGUCCAUUCAGAAGUACGUGAGGAAGAACUACAAAGUGGGCGACAAUGCCGAUGUUCAGAUUAAGAUGGCCUUAAAGAGGUUGGUAGCAUCCGGGAUGCUGCGCCACACCAAAGGUAUCGGAGCGUCCGGAUCCUUCAGGCUGACCAAGCCAGAGGACUCCAAAAAGCCAAUCAAGGCAGCGGUGGUUGCCAAACCAAAGAAAGUAGCGAAACCUAAACCCAAGAAGGCAGCCAAACCUAAGAAGGUGUCCAAGACGCCGGAAAAACCCAAGAAAGCAGCUGCGAAGAAAGUGAAAAAGGUCGCGAAAAAGGCGGCACCAGCGAAAGCCAAAAAGGCACCAGUUAAGAAGUCCAAGGCAGCUAAGCCCAAGGCAAAACCAGCAAAGAAAGCUGCCAAACCCAAGGCAAAGACACCCAAGAAGGCAGCCAAGACAUCAAAAAAGAAGUAAAAGAAAAAGGACAAUUAGACACACAAUGUCAUUGUAAAUAAUCGAGUAAAUGUUUUCGUAAAUGUAUUAUUUUUGUAAGGUCUCAUUCAAAGUAAGCUGUAUCAGUAGUUUUCCCUCCACUGCACUAUUUCAUCAAAAAGCUGUAGAAGUAAUUGUGAGCAUUUUAAAUUUCGUUAACAAUUUAGUUAAUUUCUGUCUGUUCACAAAUGGCUACACUAAACUGGUAUUUUGCUGAAAAGGUGUAUAUACAGUCGAACUAAUGAAGUUAUUGUUAGUGCACGGGUUCAUACUGAAAAUACAAAUGUUUGAAUGGUGAGCAUUGUGGAGCCUUUACAAUGUAAAGAACAGUGGACGUCAGCAAGAUUUUCCUAAAGGUUCCAUAGUUCUCAUUCAGUUUCCAUUAUGUACAUUUUCUCAUUCAUAAUAUACAAACACCCCAUUGUUCAGUCACUUUGAAGACUGUUUACAAAUGUAUGUCAAUAAACUUUUGUCAUCUUCUAAAAAAAAAAAAA